CAGGGGUCCUGUGGUUCGGCGCAUGCGCACAGGGGGUGACUUUGAGGCUGCGGGUCAGGAUGCUGGAGAAGCUGGUGGGGCUGCGCUCCGCGCAGCUGCUGCGGAUCUGGACUCCCACAGUGGCCACAUGGGGUGGUGUAUUCUCUGUGGGUGUAAUAUGGAUCACAGACUGGAGGCUGAUCCUUGACUAUGUUCCUUACAUUAAUGGCAAGUUUAAGAAAGAUGAAUAAGUUGCCGUUCUCUCUUGCGGAAGCAUUUUGGGGCUGGAUGGGGAGCAUUGAAGCCAUUUUCUGAGGUUCUACUCUGAUGUGAACUUGAAAUAUCCAGUGCAGGCUUUGAAAGAUGUGGUGAUGUCAUCUUCUCUUUCAAUGAACGGCUGUCACCUGUUGGACGUAUGUGAAUACCUAAACUUCACUUAAGUGUCUGCACAAAUAUAGAACUUGUUGUUUGUUCACUUACAGAGCAGGCCUCAUCCUGAUGGAAUAAACUCAUAAAACAAACUGUACAAAAUAAAAACAACUAUGGUGAA